AUUUGGGUCUGUCUAAAGCGUCUCUCAACAGAACGAUCGGUAACAUUUAGGACAUGGCGGAAGGGGAGCCGGUCAAGAAGAAGAUAAAAGUUGCAUUGCCGGAUGUUUUUGAGAACUUUCUUUCAGAUUCUUAUGCAAAACGUCGCCUUAAAUUUGGGUUAGAUAUUGUAAAAUGUGGAGCACAACAUUGCAUUUUCAGAAGUUGCAAAAUAAAACGGACGAACCUGGAAGAUGCGUGUUCAUUUACGAAGGCUUAUUUUAGAGAGUCUGAUGAAAUGCCUGAUGUCGACCGAAUGUUUACAUUCGGUCAAUUAUUUCGUAAAGGAGUGGAUAAACUUAGUGCAUUUAUAGACUCAGAACCAAAUAAUCCUCAGAUACCUGAAAACGAGGAGAUCCAAGCUGCUUUCAAGCGACUGUUCUUGUAUUUCAAGAACAUGGAAAAUGAAUACAAAGCCCUUGAAGAAAUUUCAAAAACCUCUAAAGAAUGGCCAUGGACUUUGGUUCUUGCACAACAUAUAUUCAGCAAACUAGCUCCGUCAUCUUCCUACCUCUAUGAUAUUGGUGGAGCAUAUGAUACUUCAGAGGAAUGUCCUUGUGUAGGUCAUGACAAGUUGUGUGGUCAGCAAGGAGACACAAGCUUUGGUUGGGAAAGUGGCUGGCAUGGUAGAACAGACAUCAUAAUGGCUGAUUUACCAGUUAUAAAUGUCUGCGAGAUUCGUAGAGAGAAAGGGGGAGAUUUACCACGUGUAUCAUCAUCAUUGUCUGUAGCUUCAUCCAUCUCAUCAUUGUCUGAAAAGGAAUCCUUGUUUGCAAUUGAAGGGGAAAAAAAUGAUGUGUUUACAGAGAAUGAACUUUGUCAGAUUUUCGCAGAAACAAUCACGUUCUCAUUUCUUAAAAAUAAGGAAAAUCCUGAUGUUACACUAAUACCUUCAAUAGCUGUUGGAAAGAAAACAUUUACUGUCACAAUGUAUGAUUCAAAAGAAGAUGUUUUCCUACAGGGAGGCGAUGUGAGUCUGUUCGAUAUGGAUGCUACAUGUAUAACUUCAGAGGCAAUUGUUGCUAUUUGGUUGACCCUAAAUUACCAACUGUUUGGAACAGGUGUGCUAGAUAGCAUGGAUAGGUCGGGUCUGCACAACCAGAUUGAUGUGAAAUCACUUCAAACGGCAGUGAAGGCGCCAUGUAAAAAAAAUGAUCCAGGUUGGAUAGGUAUAAGAUCCUGGCAACAGACAUUGAUUUCAGCUUGCAAAAAGUGAAUGAUAGGGUCACAUACUAAGGGUCAAAAACUACAAAUGUAGGUAAUCCGGUUAUAUCUUGGAAGAAUUUUGUUAUGACUCUAGUGAUCACAAUUUUAGCUCACUAAUCACAAAGUGACAUGGUGACAUUUUGGGACCUCACAAUGUCCGUCGUCGAUGCACACAUCUGUACCAUUGCUUCAAAUGAUAUCUCCUCCCAAGCCAUCAGUCAGAAUUUGAUCAAACUUGGUCAGAGCCUUCCUGGCUUUCACCUGCAAAAGUUGAUCAAUUUUGAUUUGUCCCAAAAUUAGAUCAGUAGGUCAUAUUAAAGGCUAUCCUUUAAGUGACUUCUCCCAUACUAUUGCCUGGAAUGUUACCAAACUUCAUCAGAAGCAUCUUUAGGUUGAUGUCUACUAAAGUUGUGCAAAGAAAUUUGAUUGGUCAAAAAUCUAGGUCAGUUUGUCAAGCUAAAGGAAAUCAUUUUAACAACAUCUCUUUCCAUAAUAGGAGCUGGAAUGUUACGAAACUUCAUCUCAAGCAUCCUUGGGUCUGUGUCUACCAAAUUUGUUCAAAGAAAUUUGAUCAAACAACUAGGUCAGUUGUCAAUGAUAGAAAAUGCUUUAAACAACAUCUCCUGCCAUAGGAGUUGGUGGAAUGUUGCCAAACUUCACUAGAAGCAUUGUACCCAAAAUUUUUCAAUGAAAUUGGUUUAGCCCUAAAACUAGGUCACAAGAUCAAAUUAAAUAAAAAUGUUUAAACAGCAUCUCAGACUAGCAGAGUUGUUUAUAAAAAUUUUAUUGGUCCAAACCUACAUAUAGGUCAAAUGAAAGGAAUAUCUUUAAACGACAUUUUUCCUUAGUAACAUUUGGAAUGCUCCCAAACUACAACAGAAGCAUCCAUUGUUAAAUGUUUACCACAAAAAAAUUUGAUUGGUCUAAAAAUUAGGUAACUGGGACAAAUAAGAGAAAAAAUCUUGUCAUAACUCUAGAGGCCACAUUUUAGGCCUAAUCUUAAUGAAUAUUGGUGACAAUUUUCAUAUUGAUGACCUCCAGGUCAAGUAUGAAACUUGGUCACAUGAGUCAGAAAUAGUUCACUGGGUCAAGUAAUAGAAAAAGCUUGUCAGCAUUCUAGAAAUCACAUUUUAUCAUAAUUUUCACAAUGUUUGUGAGAAUUUUUAUCUGGUUUGUAUGUUGAGCUACAGUCUUGAAACUUUGAUCACAUGUACAGUUUUGAAUGCAAAAUGGAAUGAUGACCUAGAUUUUGACAUGGUGAACUACUUUUUACAUAUGUUGAGCUACAUGUAGAUGUAUUCAUAAUUCCAUUUAUUAAUCAUAAGCCAGAAGUGUUAUUUGAGGCUACAGUUAAGGUAUAAUUUGUUUUGAAAAUAAAUGCAAGUCUUUGAUUGUAAAAUAAAGUAUUUUUAAGUAGAAAGUGCUAUAAUAAAUGUAUAUGACAGUGA